GUCCCAUAUCCAAAUGAAACUUGGCGCGUUUCCUUCUGUCCGGAAGUAGGGUUUUUGCUCUCCACCCGUACAGAGAGCGAAGAGAAAGACCAAAAAGCCCUUAUCAAAGCCCCGUAUUUUACAUUUUCGCUUCUUCGCUUCUCUGCCAUGGCAUUCUCAACGGGCCUCCGUUUCACGGCGUCUUCUUUCCUCUUCCGUCAUAACCGCCGUUUAUCAUCUACUUUCCUCUACUUAAAACCCCGUCCCGUUCUGUCAGACCUCCGUUUCAUCUCGUCCGUCUCUCAGAGGCCGUCGUCCGUCGGACGUCUGCGGGCGAAACGGAGGGACGGGAUCGGAAAAGAGGCGGAGAAAGGCGACGGGGACGGGGACGGGAACGGGAGCGUGGCGCUGAAGGAGAGGAGGGACGGAGCUGAUGGAGGCAGGAUCGUCGAGGUGGAGAUCGGCAAGGAGCUGACGGAGGCGUACAUGGCGUACUCCAUGUCGGUGCUGCUCGGACGGGCCCUGCCUGACGUCCGCGAUGGACUGAAGCCUGUCCAUCGGCGGAUACUAUUUGCAAUGCAUGAAUUGGGCCUUUCAUCUCGAAAACCAUUCAAGAAGUGUGCUAGAGUUGUUGGAGAGGUUCUUGGUAAAUUUCAUCCACAUGGGGAUAGUGCUGUUUAUGAUGCAUUGGUGCGGAUGGCACAGGAUUUCUCCUUGCGCUCCCCGCUAAUUCAAGGACAUGGAAAUUUUGGGUCAAUUGAUGCAGACCCUCCUGCUGCCAUGCGCUAUACUGAAUGCAGAUUGGAUGCUCUUACAGAAGCGAUGCUUUUAGGAGAUCUACAACAGAAUACGGUUGACUUUGUUCCAAAUUUUGAUGAUUCACAAAAAGAACCAUCUCUUCUCCCAGCUCGGAUCCCGAAUCUGUUGUUGAAUGGCUCUUCUGGGAUUGCGGUUGGAAUGGCGACCAACAUUCCACCUCACAAUCUUGGGGAGCUAGUGGAUGCACUUUCUGUGUUGAUUCAUAACCCUGAGGCUACGCUUCGAGAGUUGCUGGAACAUAUGCCAGGACCUGACUUCCCUACUGGAGGACUAAUCAUGGGGAAUGUUGGCAUCUUACAAGCAUAUCAAACUGGACGUGGACGUAUAGUAGUUAGAGGAAAGACUGAUGUGGAAUUGCUUGACGUUAAAACCAAACGCUCUGCAGUUGUUAUUAAAGAGGUUCCUUAUCAAACCAACAAGGCUGCUUUAGUGGAAAAAAUUGCAGAGCUUGUGGAAAGUAAGAGUUUAGAGGGCAUUAGUGAUAUCCGUGAUGAGAGUGAUCGUUCUGGAAUGCGCAUAGUUAUAGAGGUAAAAAGGGGUUCAGAUCCUUCAAUUGUUCUCAACAAUCUGUACCGCCACACUUCUCUUCAAUCUAGCUUUAGCUGCAACAUGGUAGGUAUUCUUGAUGGGCAGCCAAAACUAAUGGGGUUGAAAGAAUUGCUUCAGGCUUUCCUUGACUUCAGAUGCUCUGUUAUUGAAAGACGCACAAGAUUCAAGCUUUCUCAAGCUCAAGAAAGGAAACACAUUGUAGAGGGUCUCAUAGUGGGGCUUGACAAUUUGGACGGUGUAAUUCGUUUAAUUAAAGAAAAUUCAACUAAUGCAAUGGCUUCAGCUGCUUUGAAGAAGGAAUAUGGUUUAUCUGAGAGACAAGCUGAAGCUUUAUUGGACAUAACCCUGAGAAAACUGACUUCCCUUGAGAGGAAAAAGUUCAUUGAUGAAGAUAAGUCUUUAACGGAACAAAUUUCUAAGUUAACAGAACUCUUGUCAAGCAAAAGGAGCAUAUUACAGUUAAUAGAACAAGAAUCAAUCGAACUAAAGAACAAAUUUAGAACUCCAAGACGUUCGAUGUUGGAGGAUGGAGAUGGGAGUCAGCUAGAAGACAUUGAUAUUAUCCCAAAUGAAGAAAUUCUUCUGGCCCUUAGUGAAAAAGGCUAUGUUAAGAGGAUGAAGCCCAACACCAUUAAUCUACAAAAUCGUGGGACAAUUGGCAGAUCUGUUGGGAAAAUGCGAGUAAAUGACACUAUGUCUGACUUCAUUGUCUGUCAGGCCCAUGAUCAUGUCCUUUAUUUCAGCGAUAAGGGAAUUGUAUACUCAGCUCGUGCUUAUAGAAUACCGGAAUGCAGUCGGACUGCCGCUGGUACUCCUCUUGUCCAGAUAUUAUCUCUAUCUGAUGGGGAGAGGAUAACUUCCGUUAUUCCUGUUAGUGAAUUUGCUGGAGAUCAAUAUCUAAUUAUGCUGACUGUAAAUGGGUACAUCAAGAAAGUUUCUUUGAACUUUUUCUCUGCGAUCAGAUCAACAGGAAUUAUUGCGAUCCAGCUGGUUCCUGGUGAUGAAUUAAAAUGGGUCCGGUGCUGCAUAAAUGAUGACCUUAUUGCAAUGGCUUCCCAGAGCGGGAUGGUUAUUCUAAGUUCUUGUAGUACUGUUAGGGCACUAAAAAGAAAUACAAGGGGUUCAGUUGCCAUGAGACUUAGGGGCGAGGACAAGAUGGCAUCUAUAGACAUAAUACCGGCAGCCAUGCAGAAAGACCUGCAGAGGGUGUCAGAAAGCCAUGAGAGCCAGAGUCCUGGGAGUCCACCAUGGCUGCUCUUUGUUUCUGAAAGUGGUCAUGGGAAGCGUGUGCCUCUGAGCAGCUUCCGCAGGUCACCUUUGAAUAGAGUGGGUUUAAAAGGUUACAAGCUUCCACCAGAUGUCCGUCUAGCAGCAGUUUUUGUCGUUGGCUUUACAUUGGCAGAAGAUGGUGAAAGUGAUGAACAACUAGUUUUAGUAAGCCAAAGUGGAACUAUCAACAGAAUCAAGGUUCGGGAUAUUUCUAUUCAGUCACGUCGUGCAAGGGGAGUUAUUCUGAUGAGAUUGGAGUAUGCUGGAAAGAUUCAAUCUGCGUCUUUGAUCUCUGCAACAGAAGAAGAUGAAAUUGGAAUGGAAGAAGAUUGAACUGCAACCACACUGUACACCUGUCGACCAGCGAAGAGAGGAGUUUGUUUCCGAGAUGAAAUGAUCAGAGUUCCAUCACAUCAUGGGAAGUUGAAGGCUAUGCUUGUGACUCGUGGCAGAUUUGGAGCGCCUGGCAGGAAAGGAAGAUCAUUUUUGUUGGAGGAAUCUGAAUCGUUCAUAGGUGUCAUAGAUGUCUGUAAAGAGAAAAGGUAAGGAGACGGGCCCUAUUAGCUCAUGAAGACAUGACUCGUAAUAUCUAUAAAAAUAGUUUUUUUUUUAGCUUCCGGUUCUGAGGAAUCUGUCUCUUUUCAUUGCAUGGCUUCAGAGAGAGCAUCAUCUUGCAGUGUAUGGCUGUUUUGUGAUGUACUGCCAGUACAGCUAUCUGAAUUUGUAAUCCAAUCCAAUCUGAUUUCCCUGUUU